UGCAUCAUUCUCAUGAACAAGCAUUUCUGGAAUCAUCUGUCACACAGGCAGGAUCUUAUUGUCAUGUGUGCAUUGUGUUCUUCUGUUAUAAGACUGAAUUGAAGACAUAAGGUUUUUAGGACCCAGAGGGAUGACUGCUACCGUGUGGAGAAGCACACACACUCAUCCGAUACAAAAAUGCAUAGCUCCGUGGAGGCAGAGCUUGCUCAUUCACAGUUCUUUAGAGAGAUCUUCAGUUGAGGCUGCAAAAAGCGAAAGCUGUCUUACACCCAUCCCUAUCUAUGAACCAAGAACCUCAUCCAGGGUGAAGCUUUAUGGCACUCUAAAGAAAAUACAAAUUUGUACAUUGGAUGGAUUUCUGGGAAUAUGAAUGGAAUUACCUGUGAAUUUUUUUCCACUCAAUAUAAUGCAAGAGAUAAAUGAACGUGAAUGGAUCACCACAUACUCUUAGUUGAAUGGGUCCAUUACAUAUUCUGACCAUAUUUCUAAAGCCAAGGAUUUAGAAAAGCAACUUUUGAAGACAUGACCCAUUUGCAUACUGGACUCAAUCCAGAAAUCAUAGAGAAAGCCCGUCUGGAACUUAAUGAAAACCCAGAUGUUUUGCACCAGGAUAUUCAGCAAGUAAGGGACAUGAUAAUCACAAGACCUGACAUUGGAUUCUUGCGUACAGAUGAUGCCUUCAUCCUGAGAUUUCUCCGAGCCAGAAAGUUUCAUCAAACAGAUGCCUUCAGAUUAUUGGCUCAGUAUUUCCAGUAUCGGCAGCUGAAUCUGGAUAUGUUUAAAAAUUUCAAGGCUGAUGAUCCAGGGAUCAAACGAGCUCUGAUUGAUGGCUUCCCGGGAGUGUUAGAAAACCGUGAUCACUAUGGCAGAAAGAUACUUUUGCUCUUUGCAGCCAGUUGGGAUCAGAGUAGAAAUUCUUUCAUAGAUAUUUUACGGGCUAUUCUCUUGUCCUUGGAAGUUCUGAUUGAAGAUCAAGAGCUUCAGAUAAAUGGCUUCAUUCUAAUUAUAGACUGGAGUAAUUUUUCUUUCAAGCAAGCCUCCAAAUUGACUCCUUCCAUCCUCAGACUGGCCAUUGAAGGGUUGCAGGACAGCUUCCCUGCUCGCUUUGGAGGCAUCCAUUUUGUGAACCAGCCGUGGUACAUCCAUGCUCUCUACACGCUAAUCAAGCCCUUCCUCAAAGACAAGACACGGAAAAGGAUCUUUCUUCAUGGAAACAAUCUUAAUAGUCUUCACCAGCUCAUACACCCUGAUUGCUUACCCUCAGAGUUUGGAGGGACUCUUCCUCCCUAUGACAUGGGCACAUGGGCUCGGACGUUACUUGGACCAGAUUACAGCGAUGAGAAUGAAUACACUCACACAUCUUACAACACCAUGCAUGUGAAGCAUUCGUGUUCCAACCUAGAGAGGGAAUGCUCCCCAAAGCUCAUGAAAAGGUCUCAAUCUGUGGUGGAACCCGGAAUACUAAAACAUGAAGAACAGCAUGUGAAUGAGAACACCCAGCCACUACUAGCUCUAGACUGAGAUUGAAAUCCCUGCGAAAUACAGCUGUAUCCUCAGAAUUCAGUGGUCCACAAUCCUCUUGAAGCAAAAGACAGGUUUAAUACACAUUAAUGUGCAUUCAGCUUAAAAAAAACCCAAGCACUCCAUCUUUGUGGAGCAAGUAAUGAUUAUCACCAGCCAUGUGUCUGUGUCCAAAGCCAGAGGUAAAAGAUUCCUUGUGGCUCAGAAUAAUAAGUGAACAAGUCUGAUUGUAAAACAAUUUUUUAAAAGAGUGAAUUAUAUUAAUAAUGUCUGAAAUACAGAUUGCUUUUAGAGAUCUGUCACUGAAAUAUGGGAUCCAUCGAAGUUCCCUCAUAUUGUUUAGGCAGAGAUUUACAGUUUUGUUUAAAUAAAAAUUAGAGAGGCAUGCAUGCCUGUGCAUAUGCACAUAAAUAUGUAUUUACACAGCCACUUUAAAAAUGUCUUGAGUUUAAGUAUUGCGGUAAGAAGCCAACCUUAGUUUGCAGCACAGAAAUAUCUUCUAAUUAUCUCCCAUCAUCACUACCAGCAUGGUAUCAGUCAUGUUUACUAGGCAUAAUAGAAAUUGUAAUCUAAUCUUUUUGGAGGGCACCCAACUGGGAAAAGCACAUGUGAAAUACAUGCACAUACAAGUAGGUGUCUUGAAUGUCUUGGGAGAUUAAUAUUCCAAUUGAGGAUUUUUUGUUUAGGUCAGUUGAGUUCAGUAGAAUUCCCUAAGUAUAUUUUCUCCUGCAAUCAGUUAAAGAUAUAGCUUGGGAUCAGUUAU